AUGUUAGGCCGCUGUGGUCGCCAGGCUUCGCGCCUCCUCCCGCGUCCUGUCUCCGCCCGACCGCCUUCACUGCAAUGGCAGCGUAUGGUGUCAUCGUCCAGAGACGGCCAGCAAUCGUUGCUUUCUGCGCCGCUCGAACAAGCUGACCCCUCGGUGUAUAACAUCCUUCAAAAAGAGAAAAAGCGCCAACAGCACUUCAUCAACCUCAUUCCCUCGGAGAACUUCACAUCGCAAGCGGUACUGGAUGCGCUGGGCAGUGUCAUGCAAAAUAAAUACUCCGAAGGAUAUCCCGGAGCUAGAUACUAUGGAGGAAACGAGCACAUUGAUGAGUCCGAGCGUCUCUGUCAGCAGCGCGCCCUGGAGACAUUCCGCCUCAGUCCGGAUGACUGGGGCGUGAACGUCCAGCCGCUCUCCGGAUCACCCGCGAACCUUUAUGCCAUCUCCGCCCUCCUCAACACACACGACCGAUUAAUGGGUCUGGAUCUGCCGCAUGGUGGCCACUUGUCCCACGGAUACCAAACUCCCACAAAGAAGAUCUCCUUCAUUUCCAAAUACUUCGAGACCCUCCCCUACCGCUUGGAUGAGUCUACAGGCCUCAUCGACUAUGAGGCCCUCGAGAAGCAAGCCCUCCUUUACCGUCCUAAACUCAUCAUCGCCGGUACAUCGGCCUACAGCCGGCUGAUUGAUUACCCCCGCAUGCGCCAGAUUGCCGACAAUGCAGGUGCCUACCUCAUGAGCGAUAUGGCACAUAUAUCUGGUCUGGUCGCGGCCAGCGUCAUCCCCUCCCCCUUUGCAUACUCUGACGUUGUCACUACGACGACGCACAAAUCACUUCGUGGCCCCCGAGGUGCCAUGAUCUUCUACCGCAAGGGCGUCCGCAAGACGGACAAGAAGGGCAACGCGGAGAUGUACGACCUCGAAGGUCCGAUCAAUGCGUCCGUCUUCCCCGGGCACCAGGGUGGACCUCACAACCACACAAUCACCGCGCUGGCAGUAGCACUCCAGCAGGCGCAGUCGACCGAGUUCAAGAGCUACCAGGAGACCGUCCUGGCCAACGCCAAGGCUCUCGCCGAGCGCCUCGGUGGCUCGACAAGCAGCGGCGGCCUGGGCUAUAACAUCGUUUCCGGCGGCACGGACAACCAUCUCGUCCUGGUGGAUCUCAAGAACCGCGGUGUCGAUGGGGCGCGUGUUGAGCGCGUGCUCGAGCUCUGCGGCGUUGCCAGCAACAAGAACACCGUCCCGGGUGACCGGUCGGCGUUGAAGCCCGGUGGUCUUCGUCUCGGUACACCCGCGAUGACCACUCGUGGUUUCCAACCGGAGGACUUCCGUCGCGUUGCGGAUAUUGUCGAUCGCGCAGUCACAAUCACGCAGAAGCUGGACAAGUCGGCCAAGGAAAGCGCAACAUCCAAGGGCGUCAAGAACCCUAACACAGUCAAGGCUUUCCUGGAAUACGUAGGCAACGGCGAGGAAAUCUCGGAGAUUGUACAGCUACGCCAGGAGGUGGAGGAUUGGGCCGGUACCUUUAGUCUUCCAUGGGCGAAGGAGUAG